AAAAUCUCCAGGAGCGAAUGGGUUAAAUUAUUCAUUAUAUAAAAUAUGAUGAAAGUAAAAAUUCAGGCCAAAUAUCACAAAAUUUUAAUGAGUAGAUUUUGAGAAAUUGUCUUCUGUGUACCAUUUUUUUGGUACAACAGUUACAACAAUAAUAAAUUACAGUAAUUAUCACAUAGCAUACAUGCACACACUGACUACACUCCGAAGCACACAGGCAAUAAUUAUAAAAUUUUUACACAUGAUCAGCCUAUUUAAAGCUAUGCCAAUAUUUUACAAAAUAAUGUUUUUCAAAAAAAGAAGAAACUAAAUAAAGUAGAUUACAAAGUCCACUUGUCCAUGUCCGUCUGUGUACCAUUGCUUUUAUCGCCACCAUGUUUGUUUGUCUAAUUUAAAACACGCGCUGUCAUGCGAGUUACCGCUGACUGCCUGUAAAACUGUGUUCAGCUACCUUAAGUUAAGUGUUCACAAAGCCAGCACCUUCUCCUCAGUUCCUUAAAAACCCUACAGCUGUAAGUGUUGGUCUGGCCUAGGGUUUGAACCAGUUUAUUAUUUAAAUGAAUUUCAAUUUAAUAUUGAUAUUAGUUUUUAUUUUGAAUUAUUUAAUGUCUACUUUUGCAGAUUCUAUUCGAGAGACAAGGAAAUAUAUAGCAAAAUUGAAACAACACCCACUGACCUACAAAAUAAUCCCCAAGCUGAAAUGUUGGCUCAUAUGAAGCUCUUCCGUGCUCAGCGCAAUCUCUACAUUUCUGGAUUUUCUCUUUUCCUUCUCAUGUAAGUUUCGCUAGUGGUCUAAAUGAAUCUCCCUUCCUGCGACUUCAUACAUGUACAUGUACAAUAACUUGAAAAUAAAUGGAGUGUCAAAAGUUACUUUGUAAUGUGGUGAAACCUGCUUUAACCAUAUAAAGCACAAGCCAUUUGCAAUGCACUGCACAGACAUGAGGGUAAAAUAAAAUUUUAAUUUGUUUUUCUUCAAACAUAGCCAAAAAAAGUUCAGUAUUGUAGUUGACAGUUUCAAUGCCUGUCAGUCAUCUUUAAAAAGAACCAGCGGUGUCGUUUAUUAUCCACAUAAUGCAAAGUCUCUCUCUCCAAACUGUCAACUACAAUACUGAACAGGGUUUUCAUUACCCUUUAAACCCUAGGAUCAAAAUUUGAAUUCUCACUCGUUGCUCCUGUUCAUUUCCUACAGAAGUAAAGAGGAGAAGUUGAUAAAAUAUCAUGCAAAUUCAUCUUUUGUGAUCAUAUGCGUAAUUCUCAUGACCACUCUGUUUUACAAAGCAUUGAUAUUACAAGAAGAAAUGUGAUGCUGCUCACUAUUAGUGAAUUUUGUUUAAACUUUGAUGGUUUUUUCUUUGCAGAGUGUUGUGAGGCUUCUUUCUCAUUGCUCCGUUCUUGAAGCUUCUAAUGAGGCCAGUCUGAGGCAGGCUCAGAGUGCUUCUGAUCAGUGCAAGCGGCUUAUGGAUGAGAAUGAAGAAUUAAAAAAGGUAAUUUGUAAAUUAAAAUCUCAGGGGAAAAAAAUGACUUUAUAAGGAUAGCACAAGUAUUGGUGACCCAGCAGUGUUCACCUUGGCCCACAAAUAACAACAGAAACAAACAUUAUAUUGAAAUGAACAUGGUUAAUAAGAACCCCGACUACUGGCUGGAGAUAAACCAGUUGGCUAUUUACAAGUGUGGCUAAGGAGAUAAACCCAGGAUUAUUGAACACAAAUCCAGUAAGCAGUUAGGGCAGGGACCCGCAGUAUGUAAAUGUAAAUUCACCACACUAAUCUCCAUACAUUUCCUUAAGAAUUAGUUGAGAGAAUUUACAAAGGAUCGUAAUAUUUUGCCUUUGAUGAUCACUUUAUUACCAGUAAUUCGUUAAGUCUUUUCUCUUGAUCAUGUGUUGUUUUCAUGAGGAGAAAAUUGAUUUCGGCUACUCUGUGUUACCUUAACUGAAGCAGGAUUAGCUAAGUAAGUAUAGCUCAAGUGGGAGGUCGCAGCUUAAAUUCCCAGGCCGGACCAAAACUAAGGGUCUUAAAAUAACUGAGAAAUGAAUGUUGUUGCUUUGCUCUAGUACUGCAAGCGGCUAGACUGUCAGGUGGCGCAUAUGACCUUGUAAAAUAGCAGUACCAUCAGAUAAAAUGACCAUUAAAUACAAUGACGCUCAAAUUAAGUGCCUCUUUUUUGUCUGAGCAGUCCUUGGAAAGCGCCAGAGGGGAAUCUGGAGAAGGUGGCAUAGGCGAAGAUGAAGUGGACAAACUCAACCAGGAGUUGAAGGACAUGAGAGAUUCUCUUGCAGAAAAAUCCAAAAAGCUGACAGAGAGGACUGAAGGUGCAGCUAAGUAUGAUGGUUUUAGCCUCUGGGUCAAAAUCAUAUGUAGAACAUAUAGAGUGUUUUCACUCACAUGGCCAGCAUCUAUGCAAAUUUAUGGGACAAAAGAAAGCGUUUGCAUAAGAAAAGAGUUCAACUCCCACAGGAUUGGUUUGGGACACCAAUAUGGCCACCGUUUUAUUGUUGUGGGACACCAAUAUGGCCACCAUGACAUCAUGUGAAAACACUCUAUAUACAUGUAAACUUUUUCAUGUUAAUAUGAAAAUAGAUGUGAUCUGUCACUGUAAGAACUGUACAUUUAUUUUAACCAAAGAUGAGACCAUUGAUACCAUAAACCCUUGUCAGUCUUAACUUUUUCUGUUAGCAUCAUUUUAUUGAUCAAGAUUAUCUACUGAACAAGGUCUUUCCCAUGACAUGUACAUAAUAAAUCAAGGAUCUGUUACUUGCAUUCGUUGGUUUGCUGUUAUAGCACUUUUCUUUUCAGUGUCUCAGUUUCCAAGUUUGUAGGCAAUGUACAGCUAUACAUGUGUAUGAGUGUGGCCGAGAGAUGGACAAGAUAGUGAAAAUGAUGGUCUGUUUUGCAUGUUACGUAGUAAACCCGAGAACAAUGUGUCAGAAUGCAACACUUCUGAUCAUCUACUGAAGUGUGAUCUCCAUUCAGUUUUUUAAAAGAAUAUUUGCUAUUCCACCUUUAAAUACAGAGCUUGAGAAAACAAAGAAAGAUUUGGCAGCAUUAAAAGAGCAAGCUGCUGGACUAACAAGAGAGUAUGACAGGCUUUUGGAUGAGCACUCUAAAGCACAGGUAGGUAAUGUAUAGUAGGGAGGGGAGACACAAUAACACACUGUCGGUAGGGGAGGGUCUGCUCAGUUUGCCUUGAAGCUGAAGGCUGCUAGUGAGUUUAACAGCUUUUGGACGAGUACCCUAAAUAAAGCACCGGUGGGUAGGGAGGGAGGGUAGGGACAUGAUAGCACACUUAGAGGAGGAGAGGGGAGGGGAGGGUCUGCCUUGAAGUUGAAGGCCACUAGUGAGUUUGACAGCUUUUGGACGAGUACUCUAAAUAAAGCACAGGUGGGGAGGGAGGGAGAGAAGGGACAUGAUAACACAGGGAAGGGGAGGGUCAGUCUGCCUUGAUCGAGCAAGCCUCUGGGCUAACAAGAGAAAGUAGCAGGCUGUGGGAUGGACACUCUAAAGCAAAGGUGGGUGGGGAGGGAGCAAGGGAGGGGACAGUUGUUAUAACACGCUAAUAGGAGGAAAGGGGAAGGUAGUAUACAAAAUGUUUUGAGGGGGACUGCUAUAAAGCCCACAUUUUAAUAUUAUUUGAGGGUACAAUUCCUUCAAUGAAAAUAGCUAAAUUCUCUCUUUGGUAAAGUUUGUUGCGAUGACUUGACCAUCACUUUUUAUUGGCUUGUGACCUCUUUGUGUUUUUAUCUUUUUUUUUUUCCAAAGGCACAGCUGGAAAAAGACGAGACCCAAACUAAAGGAGACAAGAAAGACAACUGA